CUCUCUCUCUUCCUGUUUGAAUCCCGCAGCUGGAAAAAUGGCAGCUGAUUCAGGCAAAUACAGGAGUGCUGUUAGCAAAAACAAGGACCCCUCUGGCCUUCUCAUCUCUGUCAUUAGGACUCUGUCSAGCAGUGAUGACGUGCAGGACAGAGAGACAGAGAAGGGUCGCCUCGAAGACGCCUUCGAGACGUGCGAUAGGGAUUUAGAUAAACUGAUUGUUCAGCAUUAUGCUGAACUUACCACCGCCAUCCGAACCUACCAGAGCAUCACAGAGCGCAUCACCAGCUCCCGCAACAAGAUCAAACAGGUGAAGGAGAACCUCUUGUCUUGUAAAAUGCUGCUGCACUGUAAACGGGACGAGCUGAGGAAGCUGUGGAUCGAGGGCAUCGAACACAAGCACGUCCUCCAGCUGCUGGAUGAAAUUGAAAGUAUCAAGCAGGUCCCUCAGAGCCUGGAAACCUACAUGGCGAGCAAGCACUAUCUUCAUGUCACCGACAUGUUGGUGUCAGCAGUGGAGUCUUUAGAAGGCCCCUUGCUGCAGGUUGAAGGGCUUGGAGACUUGCGCCUGGAGCUGAAAAACAAGAAGCUCUUGCUGCCCGUAGUGCUCAUUGAUGAACUGCACCGACACCUUUACAUCAAAUCCACGAGUCGUCUUGGACUCAAGAAUAAGGACAAAAAUGCUGCUCGUGUUCCGGGGUCCAUAACUAAAGACACGUCUCCGUUGCCUGUGUUAGAAGUGAGCGGCCUUUCAACUCCACGCAAGCUUUUGGAUUCCUCGCAGUUUAGCACACCAGCCAGCAGUGUGCAUGAGCUGCAGCAGGAUAUUCGAGAACUGAGCCAAGCUGACCUUUCAGAGGUGGAUCCAGAGGAAAACAGUGCUGAAUUCAUGGGCAUCCUUAUCAAGGCUUUAGCCAAACUGAAUAAACUCCCGCAAACAGUCAAAGCCAUAAUGGACCGGCUGGAGCCCGAGCUGAAACAGAUCGUCAAGAGAUCCACCACUCAGAUAGCCGACCAUGCUUACCAGAGGGGAGAAAACCUGGCCCAGGAAAGCCAACCAAGGCUGCUGCUGGAACUGCUGGAGCUUUUGUUUGAUAAGUUCAAGGCAGUGGCCCAGGCUCACAGCAUCGUGUUGGCCCACAUGCAGCAGAUCAAACUGCAGGGUUCGAGUGGGACCCCUGAAGAGGACAUCAAGCUCUACGAGCAGGCGGAUGUUUCUGCUAAAAUCCAAACUGUGCUGCAGGUUCUGCUGAUGGAGUAUCUGGAUGUGAAGAACAGCCGCAGUGCCACAGAGCCAUCGGCGCAGCUCUCCUAUGCCAGCACAGGCAGUGAGUUUGCUGCCUUCUUUGCAAAGAAAAGACCACAGCGUGCCAAGCAGUCACUCUUCAAGUUUGAGUCAUCUUCGCACGCCAUCAGCAUGAGUGCCUACCUCAGAGAGCAGAGGCGAGAGCUCUACAGCAAAAGUGGAGAAUUACAAGGUGGUGCUGAUGACAACCUGAUUGAAGGAGGGGAAAUGAAGUUUGUGUGUAAGCCAGGAGCGAGAAACAUCACUGUGAUUUUCCAGCCUCUUCUCAGGUUCAUUCAAGAGAUAGAGAUGAACAUGGGGCCAGGUCAACAGUGCCAGCUUCGAGCUUUCCUCACCUACUACAUUAAUGACCUCUUCCUCAACCAGGUGCGAACAGAGAUCAACAAGGAAAUUGAGACAGUGAGUAAAACUUCUGACCCUUUGAAGAUUCUUGCCAGUGCUGAUACCAUGAAGGUACUGGGCGUCCAGAGACCUCUGCUGCAGAGCACAGUGGUUGUGGAGAAGUCCAUUCAGGAUCUCAUGAGCCUGAUGCAGGAUCUGAGUGCCUACUCCAACCAGUUCCUUGAGAUGGUCUGUGACAAGCUCAAAGAAUACAAGGAAAUCUGCAACACAGCCUAUAGGGGAAUUGUCCAGUGUGAGGAAAAGCUUACGAUCAGUGCUUCCUGGUCUAAGGAUGAGGACAUCAGUCGUUUGCUCCAGUCCCUCCCCAACUGGGCAAACAUGGCCCAACCCAGGCAGACAAGACAGAAGAGGGAAGAUGAAGAGGACUUUACAAGAGCUGCUUUUGCUAAGGAGUCUGAAGUGCUGACCGGAAACCUGGGAGACAAAUUAAUCCCUCAGAAUGAGAUCCUGCGUGAUGUCAGUGACCUGAAAGCUCUGGCCAAUCUUCACGAAAGCAUGGAAUGGCUUGCUGGUCGCCUGAAGACAUUCUUCACCAACCCUCUUCAGACCUCCGGUGGAGUGCAUUGCUUCCAUUACCUGAUCCCCCUGACCAAGCAAGGAAAUUAUGCCAUUGUGGCUAAUGUGGAAAGCAUGGACUAUGACCCUCUGGURGUCAAACUCAACAAGGACAUCUCAGCCGUAGAAGAAGCUAUGGGAGCCGCUCUGCAGCAGCACAAGUUCCAAUAUAUAUUUGAAGGUCUCGGCCAUCUGAUCUCUUGCAUCCUGAUCAACGGCGCUCAGUACUUUAAGCGGAUCAGUGAGUCUGGCAUCAAGAAGAUGUGCAGAAACAUCUUUGUCCUCCAGCAGAACCUCACCAACAUCACCAUGUCCAGGGAGGCCGACCUCGACUUCGCCAGGCAGUACUAUGAGAUGCUGUACAACACCGCAGAUGAGCUGCUGAACCUGGUGGUGGACCAGGGUGUCCGCUACACUGAGCUGGAGUACAUCAACGCUCUGUCAUUACUCCAUCGCAGUCAGACAGGCGUCGGGGACCUGAGCACCCAAAACACCCGACUCCAGAGGCUGAAGGAGAUCAUCUGUGAGCAGGCUGCCAUUAAACAGGCCACCAAGGACAAAAAGAUCACCACAGUGUAGUGAUCUAACACAGGAAUAGAUAAGGGUUUGAUAUUUGCUGAAGUGAACAUGGAGAACAGCUUGCAGGAUGGGGGAUAUUUGAAAUAGAUACAUGCUUUAGAUAUAGAUUUUGACAAUCUGUUGAUGGAAAGUGUUUUUUUUUUUUUCCCGCGUGGUGUGAUAAAAGGAGUAGUAGGUGAGGUUUAACUUAGAAAUAACAUCUUUCCCCACUGAAAAUGGAGAUUAUAUAAGAGUUUAUGCUGCGCUGACUCAUUCUAAUUGGGAGCUGAGGUGACAUCCUACACAACUGCAAACUUUGCAAGUCUAGUUUCUAUAUCGGGUAACUUCUAUUGUCAGGUUCCACAUUUCAAAAGACAACAAAUGGUCCCUGCAUGCCAAAACUCUUAACAAUCCUCAGCUCUCCUUAACAACAGCUCCAGUUAAAAAGGGACCGUCUAGGACAGUCACCUGAACUUGGGCCCCCAUCUCAUCUCAUUUCCCUAUUAUAUCCAAACUGCUGCUCUCAAUUACACCUCUAUUUCCCCUCUUCUGCCAGCCCCCAUGGGCUCACUGAUUCUGUCUGCAAUAACAGAUGCCAGAUUAGACUGUCUGAAUGAGGCCACAUCUUCUGCCUGCUGCCAAUUUAGGCUGGUCCCAAAAGAUUUCCCUUACUGAGACUAGUAUUAUAUCUGUAGUUGCUGAAAAUCUGUUUAUCGGACUGCUUUUCGGAAAGUUUAUGCAGAAAACUUGGUAGCAGACGUUAAGUAAAUGAUUUAUUUUUUUCUUUAAAUUGGUCUAAGAUGGUAGUAAAGAUGUUGACGCUAUUUUGGUUCUUUAAUUAAUUGAUCAAUUUUAAGCAUUGUGUCAAGAAUUGGGUGUUACAAUACAUUUAUUGUUCUAACUUUCUAAAGUGAAACGAUGCAGUUCCUUUUUGUUUUUGAGUCUUUUAAAGUGAACCAAACGUACAAAGACAAGAGGAGAUCACAAAUAACUCCGCUCCCGGCAGCCCUCCCUGUUUUUCGUUCAUUAACUCCGCAGAGAAGUAUUUAACAAGUGGAGGAGAGAGAAAUGGGAGCCCUGUCAAUACAGCAGGCCCAGCACAGGUCUCCUUGAAGCCCACAGAGCAAUCCAUCAUAAUGACACAUUGGCUGAAAUCGAUGGGAAAACAACAGUGGAGCUGCUGAACGGUUCGCCUACUUCUCUAAAGCGCACUGUUGUGCACACUUGGUGCAAAAUCUCAGAUUUGCCCAUUCAUCGCUUCACUUUGAAACUAGUUAUGCUAGCUUGCGUAUGGGAAGCUUUAACAUAAUGUUAACCAACUGUAUCAUGUUGUUCUUUUUGUCAAACACUGCAAAAAACACGGUCUACUAACGUUCAGAAGAGACAUGUAUACAUGUAGGGUCAGAACCUUUUUUUUUUUUGUUCUUGCUGUUAUUUAUAAACAGGUAAAAGUUAUGCAUUAAAUUUAUUUUUUAUAUUAUUUUUAAUUACAUUUUUUCUGAACCCUCGUUUGGUUGAAUAAAUUACUCGUUUUGUUCAAUAACAUACUGUUACUCUACACAGACAUUUUGGUUUCCCUUUAAACACUGAAAUUUCUCUUUUUCUCACAGUGUCCACCCUAAUAAAGAGAUAUUCAAAAUUCCA